GUAAACAAGUGGUAGCUUUGUGCGGCUAAUUGGUUAAAGAAAAACUAACAAAUUUUCACAGGUGCAGUCAUAAAACUACAACUAGCCAAAAUCAAAAUUAUUAUUGUCUGGCUUCCAAGUGCAGCUGUAGAUAAGAAUUUCUGAUACCAUGGCUACGGUACGCAUACCGAAACAAAAAGUGAUACUUUGUGGCGAUUAUGGUGUGGGAAAAAGUUCACUAUUUCGUCGCUUCACCAACAACACAUUUGUAACAGACACAGAUCGCAAAUCAACAUUAGGCUUGGAUCAUAUAGACCGUGACUAUACUGUCGGUGAUAAACAAAUCAAGCUACAAUUAUGGGAUACCGGCGGUAUGGAACGUGUUGCAUCUGUUACAUCUUCUUAUUACAAAUUUGCUGAGGGUGCCAUACUCGUUUUCGCCAUGGAUAAUGCCGCCUCAUUUCAUUCCUUGUCACAACAUUUACUAGAUAUUGUAACGUACGCUGAAAACGCUAAAAUAUUCAUUUGUGGCAAUAAAAGUGAUUUGGCCGAGCGUGAACCACAAGUGAGCGAUGCUGAAGUAGAAGCAUUUUGUGAACAGUGCCACAGUUUAAUUAGUGCUACUUACAAGACAUCCUGCAAAUCAUCGGAUGGCGUUGAGGAAAUGUUUCGUGAUAUAUCUCGUAUUCUUGUGGAUGCUAAUCGCUCUAAAAUGGAACUGCAGGCAUUGGAACAGCACAGCUUCAAAAUUGACUCAGCUGCCGAAGCUGAUACGAAUGAAGAAAGUUCGCAAUGCAUUUGCUAGCAAAUGGGGAACGUGGAGUUCGGUUAAAGAGAAAUAGGGACGAACUUCAUAUAACGAAUAGAAAGUGGUGUUAGAAGUACAAUGCGCUUCUAUAUAUUUAUUUAUUUAUUAUUUGAUGUUAAAACGUAUUUAUGUUAAUUAUAUCAAAACAGCAUGUAUGUGUUUACGAAUAUUUCUAUUUUUACAGUUUGUAAUAAGCUAUAUUUUGUGUCACAGAAAACUCACAAACAACAACAACUUGUAAUGUCACAAAACAAAA